GAAAUAAAUAUGUGAUGGUAUUUCAAAACAGAGUAAAUCCUGUUAGCUUGCAAAAGUUUCCUGUUGGAAAUGGCGAGUAUUGGGUUUCUGAAAGAGGUGAAGAUGUCAGACCAUACGGAAUCU